UAUAAAACCACACUAACAUUUCGGGCACAGAUUCACUUUCUGUGAUCAAGAAUACGGCGUAGGCCUGUAUCCAGAGAUGGCUCACUCCAGGCCCCUCCUCAUGCCCUGGCUCAAAGAUCAGAUCAACAGUCAGCAGUAUCCUGGAGUGGCCUGGACCAACCUGGAGCAGACGGAGUUCUCCAUCCCCUGGAAACAUGCUCUGCGGCAGGACUCCUCUGAUACAGACAUACUCAUCUUCAGGGCGUGGGCAGAGGUCAGUGGAAAUGGGCGUGCUCAUGGCGACCCCUCAGUGUGGAAGAGGAAUUUCCGCAGUGCCCUGAGAGCGAAGGGAUUCAAAAUGGUUUCUGACUGCAAGAAUGAUUCUGCUAAUCCUCACAAGAUCUUCAGAUGGCCAGAAAGCACUAGUCCAACAGCAAAUUCUUUGUCUCCUGACCAGAUGUUUGAAGAUUUCCCCCUUCCUACACAAGAAAGCGAGCCAAAUUUGGUGGAAUAUGUCUAUGUCCCCCAGGAUGUGUUUACAGAUGCAGACCAGGCAGGCAGUCGUGACAUCCUGCAGAAGUGUUUGGAGGGGCUGAAUAUUGGUCCUGAACCAGAGGAGCCUCCUCCUGAGCAACAGCGCCUGGUGGAAGCGGAUGUGAUUGGAGCACAUGUGUUGCGUGGGCAACAGCAGUAUCCAGUCGGUGCUGGGGCUGCAGUGCAUGGAGCUGGGUUGCUGGGGCAACCAGCACCGCCAGUGGAGGGGGCUGUGGGCGGGGCAUAUGAUCAGGAGCGGACUGAGCAGUUCCUCCACACCAUCAACCAGAGCAAUGAUGGAAAUCAUUUCAAGACUGGAUUCGGGAUAAAAGUGUAUUAUCGAGGAAAGCUGGUGCUUGAUCAGCAGAUUCAGAAUGAGUCAGGGGUGCGCAUUGUCUACAGACCAAAUCUUGUGGAUUGUGCUGUCGAUGCCAACUCAGGCCUGUCCCUGGUCUCUCUCCCGAACCCUCAGAACAUGACAGACCAAACCCAGGCCAGUCUGACCCAGAAGAUCCUGGACUCUCUGGGUUGGUUAGAUGUGGGCGUGUCUGGUCACGUGGUGUACGGUCAGCGACAUGGGGAAAUCAAGGCUUAUUGGAGCUUCUCAAACUUUGACCAGAGCGGAGAGCCUCAAGAGGUCUCUAAAGAGCCGCAAGCACUGUACAUGUUUAAAGACUUUUUGAAAGGCAUGUUGGAUUUUAUACAUGGCAAAGAAAAGCCCCCUUGCUCAUUGUUCUUUUGUUUGGGGGAGAAGUGGCCAGACCCUGUCAACAAGCCCUGGCAUAAGAAGCUCGUCACAGUGGAGGUGGUGCUGACUUCAAUGGAGAUACUGAAUAAUUUAGCGGUGGAGGGAGGAGCCUCUUCUCUACAGUCAGUCGAGCUACAGAUGUCACUGGAGGAGAUGAUGGAGAUGUCCUGA